CUGACUGAACACAGGCCACACAACUCAAACUGCAAUUCCAGUACGGACUCUUCUGUGCCCUUCUAUCGUAUUUCCUAUCCCUUCACCCAGCCGAGGCACCAGGAGGUGAUUCAGAACAAGCAAAGCAACCCCUCUCCAGGCUUUUCCCUCAACCCAUGAAGCCAUGAAACGAGGCCACGAAGACCUGCAUCUCUAUCCUCGAAUCGGAUCCCGAUAACGAUUUCGUACGGAACCUGCAUUCGCUCCCUCCUUAUCUGCCCAACUCUCUCCUUGCGGACGUCAAGGAAUCUGCGCCGUCGGGCGGGAAAGUUGAGAAAAGAUGCCCUUGCCAUGUCACCCCACCCUUUCCCCCCAGAACCCAGCGAGCGAGGAGCGUUCCUGAACCGACCGUCCGGACGUUCCUGGCACUUUGCCUAGAACACGUUUAGUUUUGCCUAAUCUACUGGGAUGUACAGCACUGGCGUGCCUUUAAACUUUGCUAGGUGCUGAUCAGGAAGCCUAUCCGCUGGAACCCACGAGCUAAAAAGGUGGAAUGUUGAGUUCAGGCUAGCUAGGCACCUGGCAAGUUGGCAGUCAGUGAUUUGAUCAACCCUACGGCUACUUAUCCUGCUUUAUCUAGGCUACUGUACUGCAGGAGUGGAGUGCUUGCAGUGCACUGCAGUGGUGGAGAAGCCCAGCUGAAGAGCCUGCACAGAGUCUUCAUAAACCAUGCAUAAGUCGGGAGAAAUGCAUGUGAAGGAGGGUCUAUUGGUCUGGCCUUGGACAUCACUCGGUGCGACAAUUCGACGUCUUUUCAUCCGAGAGCUGGCCAGAAGCCUACAUGUCAUCAUGCACUCGGAACGUGAGGGGGAUCUUCAAAAGAGAUCGAGGACUGAAGCCACCCGGUCGGCUUGGUCGAAAAUGCGCAGCAGCACGAGACAAAGCGAAACGAAACAACCCUACCUAAGAAGAGUCUUCUGUCUUCCGCAUGCAUCACCCACCAGCGCUCCAAUCGUCACAAUGACAAAAGAACCAGCGGUACAAACACCGUCAUAAGAUGACGCCCCAUCAUACAUGACUGCCGUGAAAUGUUAACAACUCCCGUCGAAACAAGCCACGGCUACACGCCCUGAUUCGCCGUCACGAAUAGAUCUUACUCCGAUCUCUCGAUUUGACAGAUCCUGAGUUCAUCCAAUCCAACCAUUAUUCUGACUUAAGCAUUUGUGAGGCAGCGACACGCUUUCCUUUCUGUGGUGGGAUGAGUGCGUAAGAAAAGGGGUCGAUUGGAUAGGAGUGCUUCCUGCCCCUGAAAUCGUUCCCGCCCGCUCGCCGCCCGCUUAGCCGGAGCGGCUGCUUGGUCCGUGGCGCUUUGUGAGAGUUCUGAGAUCAUGUGAUGACUAUUCUUGAUAAGGGACCUUGAUGCAGGGUUUGUUUUUGGAACUUCUGCAAUCACUGACGCAGGCGUUUCGCCUUGGGAUUCUUUUUCGGGUUCUGCCGUGGUGUGAAAUAUCCAUUUUUGGCUCUCCCUGCAGUUGAUUCAGGGGAAUGGACUUUGGAUGGGUAAGACGGAAAUCCAAUUCGGGACUUUCCCGCCGCAGGGAUCUGUUUUCAUCCGCUAUCCCUGGCGAUAAUCGAUAAGCAAACUCGCGUGGACAUGGAGGCCGGCUAGUAGUAUCAUGAACCACACACCCUUGAAGUAGCCUUGUUAGACCUCUCGAUGGUAUAGUAAACAUUUGGUAUUUGCGUCUACACUCCACACUGCCACUAUGGUCACUCGAGGAUUUUGGAAUGUGUGUAGAGAAGGUCCGUGGUCUUUCUUUCAUUCAUCUCAUUUUCGAUCUUUCCUUCCUUGGCUAACUCGUAAUUUAAUUUUAAGGCGAAUGGUUUCAAAUCCGCCGUGGAAGACCUGAUCGUAUCGGCGAGCCCGGUGAUAGAUUGACGUAUUCGAUGAUGAAAUCUUUGCAAGAGGGUAGAAAGAUACCAGAUAUAUCGACGCCUAUCCCAUUUCCGUUGCCACUUCGGGACAAGCUGAGCUACGUCUAUACAAUCAACCUGCAAUCAAGCACCUUGACUGUUUCAUUCCAUACUCACCGUCAGAACAGCGAAGAUGGGCAAGGAGUAUACCUGACUAAUGGAAGCAACCCACUUCUCGACACGUUCCCAGAGCAAGGUUCGUUGCAGGCAGACGGAGAAUAUGACCUUUGGGAUAUAGAAGUUGGUCAACCGACCGCUAUGAACGAGCUUCAACAUCGCAUGUUCACGGACUUCGUAUACCAAUGGCGGUUUUUCCUUGAUGACCGCACGCUCUGGCAAUAUCCUUCAUCGACCCUUUUUCGCAGACUGUGUAUUGCAUUCUUGCGUCUUGCCGCUUGGGACUUUGAGAUAUCUUCUGAAAGCGAGAUUGCGGAUCUACCCCUACGAAUUAAGUCUUUUCCAGCCUGGGACAGUCCUCCUACGGAUAUCUACUGGUUUCAUGGAUUCCUGGUCGUCAUUUGUGAGGGUCUCGGCCCAUCAUCGUCUAUAUCAGCUGCUGUGUCACGAGCGAGGGAGUUUCUCGGUGACCUGGAAGGACGAGUAGAUGGAGUGAAUUGUAUCUUAAUGUCGCUAUGUGACAUUUCUUUCGUCCAAGUCUCAUCGGACUCGACAAAGUGCUCAACAGCAUUUCCAUUAAUCAGAAAUUCGUCCGCAACGGACUGUUCGCCCGGAUUCCGCAUACUUUCCUACUUGCUCACUUCUACUGAUAUUAAGAAGAGUCUUGCAACUCGGGAGGUCUUCAAUGCUGUGCUUCCCCCGGAAGUUUUUACCAUGAUAUUCAACAAAAUCGCCCCUUCCGAUAUCGUUGCUUGUGCCCAAGCCUCCUUUACGAUCGAGAAGCAUUAUUACUCCUCACUCCCGCAACUUCCAAACAUAGCUAUCCACCACCUCGGCGUUUCGAUUCCUUGCUGUGGCAGCAGGAACAGCGGUAAGGGGUUGUUCUGUUCAGACUGUUAUACAUGGCGACAUUUAGACUGCCUCGACUCGAGUGAGCGUUCGCUGGAAGAUAAUUGCUACAUCUGUCCCAAAUGUCUCCUGUUUCGAAAUAAAGCUGGUAAUUCCCGGGAGAAACUCAUACCAGGCGGUAUAGAGCGUCUAAAUCACAGGUCAGAUAGGCCAGAAGGGUGCCCUGUUCUGAUUGGGAAGAAGAAGAAAGUCCUGCAGUUGAGAAGAGCGGCUCCAGCAGCUAAGCGGCCUGAGGUGAGACUUAUGGAUCCUACUUUUGACUCCCCGCACCCUAACCAGAUUGAUUAUGUUAUCAUUUUUGGAGGGGUAUGGACCGGUCUUGCUUAUGGGCUGGAUGAUGUUGGUUUGUCUCGAGGAAGUGAAAGGUGUAGCUAUGAGAUAUUUCAGCUGUGAUUGGAAGAGGAACGAGAUCGAAUCUGGAGAAAUUAAUUUGUAUAUCUAUCCUAUAGAAGCACUGCAGGCGUUUAGGACUCUAGUUCUUGGACGACUUUCAUACAUGUAUGUAAUUGGAUAGGCAGGAUGGCCGUCCAUCUGGUAGAUAUACAAACACACAUCUUGCCCGCAAUGAGGAACAGAUGAGAACUUAGAGUACAAAUUCAAAAUCUGAGCAGCCAUGGCAACAU